AUGGUGGCCUGGCGGAGUAGAUUCGGCAGAUACCCUCUUGUCAUGCCCAGCCUUGGUGAGCCAUUUGCUCGUUGACUCAAGGUCGAGAUGUGGUCGUUAGGUCCUCAAUGUAAUCCUGAGACUCCUAUUUACUCUCAGUAAUGUAAAAUGUUUUGAUUUGACACGUUUUGUAAUGGGUUUCAUUCACCUUAAUCUUAAGUUUGCCGUUACUGUAGAUGACCCCGAGUACUAUUACAUCCCCACCUCCCAUUUGGUGUUUCAUACGUCUCAAAUGAGUAUGGUGGGUGCUGUAGCGUCUUAAAUUAACUGGUCCAUCAAAUGAAAGCCGUUUUUGGUGGCUAAAAAUCCAUUUGAAAAACUCGGGUUUUUCGUUAAGGUGCAGAUCGGCGAAGUUGCGCCUGCAAACCAUAUGAGACCGUGCCAGCCGGAGUUUAUUCUUUGUUUGAGAGGAACGAGGAGUCUCAGGAUUACAAUGAGGACCUAACGACCACAUCUCGACCUUGAGUCAAAGAGCAAAUGGCUCACCAAGGCUGGGCAUGACAAGAGGGUAUCUGCCGAAUCUACACCGCCAGGCCACCAUGCACUUUUAUUGAAUGGAGAAUGUAAAUACAGGUCUAAAGCACAUAAUAUAAACCCAAUUUAGAGCUCUAGGAAAGCGCUAGGGCAAGAUUUUUACAAUUUUGGGCAGCUCUACAUCAAAAACGGUUUAACGCGUUGAAUCCUCAAAUGCAACGAAGCAUUCAACGGAAAACCAUUUAUUAACCUGUAUUCAGGUAUGGGACGUCGAUUACAAUAAGUUUGCGUGGCAUCCGCUGGCGAUAUCUGACGUUUUUUAAGGGGGGUCAAAACUUUUUCCUCGAUUUUUUAAGGUGAUUUUUGAAAAUUGCCCCUAGCUUUUGAAAUUCAACUAUAAGGUAUGUCCUGCUAUGUUAUUUUUUGUUACUAGCCUGUGAGUAUACUACAUACCAAAUUUGGUCCGAAUUAGUACACUUUGGACGGAGUUAGGAGGGGGGUCAAAACAUUGUACGGGGAGUAUAAGAUAUCAGCUUGUCGGGAAAAUAAUGACCCCAGUGUCGCUGUGCCGGUCGUGUCGCUGAAGUGAAAAAAGUUUGAAUUUGCCGCGACGCAAUUACUUUUUUUGGCGAGGGUGCGAUAGUCGAUGCGACAGCGUGCUCAUUAUUUUCCCGACAGACUGAUACUUCGCAAUAAAAUCGCUUUCUUUCGUCAGUGGACUUAAUUUCUGGACUAAUUGUAAGUUUGAGGUCUUCCGGACGGAGGUGGUCGGCUCGGUGCAAUUAUAAUCAAAUUUCCCAGGGGAAUUGUCCCAAGUGCGACGCUCAGAUUUUCCAUAAAUUUUGACACGCAUCGAGCACAACAUCAAUUCAUGAAAGUUUCAGCUCGCGUUUUGCAGGCGCAACCGAGAUAUUGAACGAUCUUUGCGGCCGAGAGAGUACGCGCAAUGCGGAGAGCAGUCAAGGAGAAAAGCACUUUUUUUUAUCAUAUCUUUGUCCGUGUUCUGUGGAAAAAAUUGUGUUGUUGUGAAGACAUUGCUCUCAGCGGUCGAAAUAAAUACGAAACUUUCUAACUUUCUAUCCCAAAAAUCGCAAAAAAGUGACUUUUUGCCAACUUUUAACCAAAAAAAUCUCGAUUGUUUCUGCGACCUAAAAAUUCCGUGUCUGUCGUAAAAAAUUUUAAUCUAAUUUUUGGCCAAGUUUCAUCAUAAUGGGAGCGUCGCACUCCGAGAACUUCCCUGUAGAGCUCGAAACCCUCGAGUCGCAAAACGAAAUACGAAAAUUUUAGUUUUACGCAGCGUUACAACUUCGGUUCGACUGAAAACUCUUCAAUUCGUUAUUGCUUACUAUGUAUUAGUUAUUUGCCAAUUGCAAAUCUACAAAUUCAUGGUAAAAUUGCUUUCUCUCGCCACGAAAACAACUGUUCGCCAAACAUCAUGGCAUUCUGUCGCAAACAUUUCUAGAAAAUUUUCGGUGCCUUUCUUCAUAACUAGGACGCAGGCUGCGCCGAAAUUCUUUCCAAUUUUCCGAAAAAUGGGGGGGUUUUAUCAUGAAACUGAUGUUAGGAAAUCAUAGAAACUUAUUUUAGAGUGACUAUGCAAAGCCGUUUCCUAUGAUAAGGGCUUUUUUCACAUAAAAUCGACAUUUUAUACGAACCCAAAAAUCGUUUUCUCUUAAUUCCAUCCUCGCGAACUGCGCCCACGAGUCCGAAAUUCAACCUAUCUCAAAAAGAAUAUUUUUCGGAAAGGACAAAAUUUCAACGUCUUUCUUCAACGUUCACCUCAUUUUACAAGUAAACAGUCAAAAUUCCGUCUCAUAUUAAUUGGGGACCGGCCCGUGGCCAAGCACAACAAGGUUUCAGCGAUGAAGCCACUGUGAAGGAGAACGAAUUCCGUGAAACGUUGGCCAGAUUUCAAGACCGACAUCAUGAGACAGAGUUUGAUCCAGUUCCUCAUAUGCAAAAGUAAGUUCUUAUCUGUGUUUUCUUUUUUCUUGUUUUUAGAUGUUUCUACAUGGCUAAUAUCAGAGGAAACUGAGGGUUUUGAUUUUUUUGUUUGAUUGUUGAGCAGUUUUUUGAAUCGAACGGGAAAUUCAUCACUCGUAUUUGUGGUUUCUAGAUCGUUUUAAUUGUUUUUGUUGGGGUGAGGUACUAAACGGCUUGUGGCGGAGAAUAACAUGGAAUUUAUCAAUUUUUUGGCCUUUCAGGUCACUCUUUUGGGCAGCUUCUGCCUUAUUUUAGCUGCGAGAAAACGCCAUGCCUUCUAGAUUUUCUCUAUCAUAGGCUUUUCCAAACGUUUUCUCAAUUUUUUUGUUUCAGAAUAGUUGAGAUCUUAGAAUGGGCGAUGGACGAUUAUUAUUCAAACAAUCCAGACCCAUUGGAUCAACGACAGCCCCACAAAAUUAUGCCAAAUUGUAUCUACGGCUACAUUCUUCGCUAUAUGCUCAAAUUCUCCGAUUUCUUGGACAAGGUGAGAGAACUGGCAUAGAUAAUAUAAUUUUUCGAUUUUUAGUGUUUGGUCUCCUAUAUUAUGCCGCAUCACAACAACUUGGAGUUGAAUAUCUUGGCGGCACGUGUAAUGGUGAUGUCUUUACCGGUGAUUGACAGCUCGAUCUUCCCUGGAGAUGUACGUGAAUUUCUUUGUUGAUUUUUCUAAAAUUUUUAGGCUGAUGUGCAAAAAGAGUUGUUCAAAUAUGCUUUGGAGUCGGAGUCCAGAGAGAUGAGAGCGUAUGCGACGGUGUUGCUGAAUCCAUCCAUAACUCCCGAGACUGCGCACAUUUUCCGCAGCGAAAUUGUAAAAUUGAUCAUCCAAUCGUUGACAAACCUCAAAAGACUCUAUGUAAGUUGUUUUUCUUUGAUUUUGAUGUGUUUAGGGCCAAAUGGUUGAAAGUGGAAGUGAGACCGCUUCGAAUGAAGGUGUCCCGGCUGAAGGAAUUGCUCGUGCAACUGAUUUUUCGGAGCUUGUCAGAUCAGAAGCCAAGGCAAAGGAAGAGGAAAGGGCGAGGGCCGUUGAAGACGGCAAGAGCUUGGAUGUUGCACUCGGAAAAGAGGCAGAGGAUAAAGAAUGUGAGAAUAGAGCGAAAAUAUUGGAGAAUGGAAGAGAGAAUGGGACUGCUCAGAUCAAUGGGACCAGUUCAGCUGAACCAACCGUGGAAAAUGUAGGUUUCCAUGUGAUAGGUGUAAAAAUUGACUAAAAAAAUCUUUUGAAUUGAGGUUUUUGAGGGUUUGUAAUAAUCCUAGAUGAUUUUUCAUCGAUGAAUUCACCUUCUAUUUCUAGAUAAAACCCCCUCGCCCUCCAGGAUCCAAAAGAACCGCAGAUGAAGCCAAAUUAACCACAGAAGCCAACUCAGCAAAGAAAAUAAAGGUCUCUAGGAGAGACAGAAGGCCUAUAAAUAAAAUUCCCGGCGCUAUGACUCCUUUGGCGGACUGUGGAGAUGACGAGUUGAGUCGAUCUUCGACCGUGGACGACAUGAAAAUGGUCUUCAUCGGAAACAAUAAAAUUUAUCCGUUGACCAUAGAAAUGGAACAACGAAUGAUUCUGGGGUUCCUUCAAUGUGCCUUCGAGUUUACUGAUGUGAGUUUUACCGGGGUUUUGAGGCGUUUUGGAUAUUAAUUUAUAUUAUACUAGGCAAAAAAAUUAUUUUUUGAUCAAUUUUCUUUCAUUUUUUUGCCUUUUUUCUUAAUUUUUAAAAUUUUCAGCACGUCAGUGUGCUCACAGAGCAUUCGGCUCUCGAUGUGAUCCUCAAAUACCUCAAUGUAAACGAAUAUCAUGAUAUCCGACUGCUGUUCGAAGCCCUGUUCUCUCUCAGCUCGAUGCUCAUCCAUCUGCGAUUGGCGUGGGAUUUUGUCAACCGAGGUGGAUUACUGCGUCUGAUUGGGGUGAAUCGAAAUUCGGUGGCUGCGGCAGCGGUUUGUGUUUGUCUACAUCACAUCUCACAGUUUGACGAAAUCAUGGAGCAUGUUUGUCAGGCGCCGGGAAAAGCGGUCGACAAUAUUGUGAGGUAAGAGGAGAUUUGUUUUGGUUAACACAGUGACUGCUGAUUUUUUGAAUGGUUUGUACUGAAAUUUUUGACUUUAGCUAUGCAAUUUGGCAGUUGUCCCAUGGAUACGAGAGCUGUGGUGGUCGGAUCUGCGUUUUCUUUCAAUACGGACUCUAUUAUAAAAAUAUCUUGGACAGAUUCGACCAUCGAGACGGGUUAAGAGUCCUUUUUAACUACGGGAAUUCAAAGGUGAGCAGAUUUUUAUAUUGCUUUAGGUAUAAUUUCUCAUUCUGGUAUUUUUUGAAACUCUGCACCUUAUUUUUUCUAAUCUUCCUUCCCUUUUAGCUCCAUGACUUUCUCUACGGCGACUUUCAAGACAACGAUGUAAUCGACAAAGUCCAGGAAAAAAUGGGCGAGUACUGCCAGGUCUUGAGGAACAUCAAUGUUUGUCUCACACAGUGAGUUUUUUGUGGCAACUAUUUUUUUAAACCAAGGCUUUGUUCGCUUGAUAUGAUUGAUUUUAGAUACAUUUUAUCCCAUAUCCUCCUCAAAUACGAGCACAUCAAGAAGAACCACGCCGACAAAUUGCCGGCCCAUCUGAAGAAGGCGGUCGCUACCGGGAAAAUCCCGUACAAGGACUUGUGCAAGAAGGUAUGCCGACUUUUUGAUUAGUUUAUGGCGAGAUUAGAGUGCCGGACCUGCUAUAGUGGCAAAAAACAUACCAUUUUGCAUCAGGGAAGUAUCAAAAAUGUGGUAAAUUACCUCCCUCUCCAAGUGGAAAAACUCCGAUUUCAAAAGCGCGCCCUGUCCUUUUGUGAGGGGCGCCCUUCAAAACGGAGCUUUUUCAGUUGGAGAGGGAGGUGUUUUGCCACAUUUUUGAUACUCCCCGGAUGCAAAAUGGUACGUUUUUUACCAUUGGUUCAGGUCCGCCACUGUAAGCUGGACUGUCCCGUAUUUUGACUGAUUUCCCGUAUUUCAGCAGCUAAAAAUGGAUCCUGAGACCGAAUCCAAGGCGCUCGAGGUCCUCCGGCACUUUAUCCCAUCAUCCGGUGGAACUUUCCACCCAAUCUCACACCUUCGACACCUCGGUUUUGUGACUUUAUACAUCCGAGCGCUCGCUCUGCGCACCGAAUUUUACCUUCAAAUGCCAUCCCUGAAGUCGGAUGUUGUCCUCGGCAUCCUUAAGAUCUUUCAUUACGCCACGGUAAGCCCGGCGGUCAUCAAGGACCUCACAGAUUCGAUCAGUUUCCAACAUGGAGUGAGAUGUGGAAUAAGGUGA